AUAUACAAUGGCAUGCAGUGAAACUAGUGAAACAAUGCCUCUUGUGAUGAACUGGUCAAUAGAAGAUACAAGACAGUUCUUAAAUAAACAAGGUUUUGAAGAAGACACUAUUAAAAUUCUAUGUGAUAUCAACAAAUUAGAUGGAAAGUGUUUGCUAGUGCUAAACGAACAUGACUUCACUACAGAACCUCUUUGCAAACUCAAUUUGAGAGACAGAAAAAACCUCUAUGUGCUGUGCAAGAUACUACAAAGAGAUAAUCAAAAUACUCUUAUAGAACUUGGUAUUCUUGAAAACCAUAAUGUCAGUUUAUAUUCUCCACAGGCCACAUACAAUAAAUUAGAGAGUGAAUAUUGUGAAUCUGAAAGAGUUUCACCACCUAUUUCUGAUGAUGGCAGACCAAGGUAUCCCCCAGAAAAGAGAAAAGCAUUGCUCAGUUUUCUAUAUGUUGUGGGUGUCACCUGGAUAACAGCCUUUGUUAUGGUAAUUGUUCAUGAUAGAGUACCUGAUAUGAAAAAGUAUCCACCUCUUCCAGAUAUUUUCUUAGACAAUGUUCCUCACAUACCCUGGGCCUUUGAUAUGUGUGAAGUAACUGGUACAAUUUUGUUUACCAUGUGGUUAAUUGUAUUGCUGUUCCAUAAACACAGGUUCAUUCUGAUGAGAAGAUUUUUUGCACUUUCUGGAACUGUUUUUCUUCUAAGAUGUGUGACUAUGCUCAUAACCUCAUUGAGCGUUCCAGGAGCUCAUCUUCAGUGUGAACCUAGAAAUUAUCCAACUGGAGGAAAUUCACUUUUUGGUGAUUUAGCAAAAAAGUUAUCACAGGCAUAUCUCAUAUGGAGAGGAGCUGGUAUGUCCAUACAGGGUGUCAGAACAUGUGGUGAUUAUAUGUUCAGUGGGCAUACAGUGGCAUUGACAAUGCUGAAUUUCUUUAUCACUGAAUAUACGCCUAGGCACAUUUAUUACCUCCAUACUCUCUCAUGGAUGAUGAAUAUGUUCGGAAUAUUCUUCAUACUUGCUGCUCAUGAACACUACUCUAUAGAUGUUUUUGUAGCCUUUUAUAUCAGCAGCCGUUUGUUUCUUUAUUACCAUACACUGUCCAACAAUCAGGCACUCAUGCAAAGAGACUCCACCAGGACUAGAGUUUGGUUUCCGUUAUUCUCGUACUUUGAGUCGAGUGUAGAAGGAAUAGUACCCAAUCAGUACGAAACACCAAAUGAAAUUGUAUCAAACAUAUGUAAUUUCCUCAAAGGAAUAUUUAAUGAUGUUAGAGAUCAUUUAAUUUCAGCUGUGAAAAGUAGUACUGCUACUAAUGAAGUUAUCGAGUCUGUAAGUAGAACCAUAGUGGAAAAUGCUAAAGACAAAUAAUCAAUAAUACCAUUUCAAUUGUCUUGUACUGAUUUUUAUACAAUUAUGCUCUGGGUUUCUCUUAUUCUGAAAAUUGCUCGAAAUAUUGUGGGGCAUAUUUUUGUUGUUCAUUAGUUAGUGUUUGUUAAAUAACCAAAGACUUCUUGAAAGCUCUUCCAUUAUUUAUUAUGUUCAUCUUUGUUGCUUCCAAACUAUGAAGUGAUAUAUUUCUGUUUGGUUUUGAGUUCAAGUUUUCUUGUGAUAGGGACCACGUCUUUCGGAGUUGAUGACUUAUUUAUUGAAAUCACAAGGGUUAAUAUUAGGUUUUGUUAUGUACAUAAGAUGAAAUAUUUAUAUGUCCAUUUUUAGAGUUCAAUUUUUGUAAAUGUUAAUAUUUGUAAAUAAUAAUUUAUUACAU